CCCGGUGCAAGCAGCACCAGCUCGGAUGCUGCCAUCUGCUGCUGCAUCAGCUCCGUGCUGCUCCACAGGCCAGCGUUUUCAGAACCACCUGAGGACACACUGGUGUUCGGAUGCAGAGGUAGAGAGAGGGAAGUUCACUAGAGAGCGAGGCAUUUAGUCCAAAAAGAGUAUUGUGAGUGAAUAUGCAAAUUCAACACACAGCACCAAGGGCACCAGAGCAAUAGAGGAAGCCAAAAUGAGCCGGAAAAACAGAAGGAGUUUAAAGGAGAAAUUUUCCUUGAAGAACAGCCUGGUUAAAGAAGCUCUCUCAGAGUUCCUGGGAACUUUUAUACUGAUAGCUCUGGGCUGUGGGUGUGUGGGCCAGGCCGUGCUGAGCCGCGGGGAGCAUGGAGGGCCCAUGACGGUGUCAGUGGGCUUUGCCAUGGCAGUCACCAUAGCCGUGUACGUGUCCGGGGGCGUUUCUGGUGGCCACAUAAACCCAGCUGUUUCAUUAGCCAUGUGCGUGACUGGAAGAUUAAAAUGGACCAAAUUACCAAUUUACAUAUUAGCACAAUUCCUGGGAGCAUUCGUUGGAGCAGCAGCUGUCUUUGGGAUUUAUUACAAUGCCUUUAUGGAGUACAGUGAUGGAAAACUUGAAGUCACAGGACCAAAUGCCACAGCACAAAUCUUUGCAACAUAUCCAGCUCCCUAUCUGUCCCUCGUAAAUGGAUUUGCAGAUCAGGUGAUGUCAACAGCUGUUCUUCUUCUGGCUAUAUUUGCUAUUUUUGACACCAAAAAUAACAGUGUACCCAAGGGCCUGGAGCCAAUUGCAGUGGGACUUCUUAUAAUUGUUCUUACUUGCUCCUUGGGAAUGAACAGUGGCUGUGCCAUGAACCCAGCCAGGGAUCUUGGCCCAAGGCUCUUCACAGCCAUUGCAGGAUGGGGGAUGGAAGUAUUCACGGCUGGUAAUAAUUGGUGGUGGGUUCCUAUAGUUGCACCUCUGGUGGGAGGUGUACUUGGAGCAAUGACCUAUGUCAUUUUUAUUGAAAUUCAUCACUCAGAUCCUCAGCCAGGAGAAGAAAAUGAUGUGCAUGCUAAAUAUGAAAUGACCAAUAUGGCAUAAGAAGUGAAGAAUUUUCUCUGCCAUUGUGGUGUGCAGUUUUUAUGCAAAUGGUUGUUUGGACCACUGUAUGAAACCCAUAUGUCUUGAUUAGAAAUUCACCUUUCAAAGCAGAAAUUCUGUACAGAAGUUCAAAACUGAAGUCUUUCCAUGAAAUGUUGGGCUGAUCACAUUCAAAAUUGAUAUCUUGAGUAUGGGAAGGCUAAAUUGUCCUUUUCAUAUGGCUUUUAGGUCAAGUUAUCCUAGAUGCAAUUGUAGUGAGAUGAUGCACUGACCUGUUAAAUCAUCUCAUAUGAUCCUAAUCAUGCUGUCUAAUGAACUGAAAAUAGUUGAGAUAUUGAUACAAAACUGCAUGCAUAGCUAGUUAAUGAGUUCAGUGCUGAAUUAAUGUGCAAGAGCAUCACUCACUUCUUAAGAGUGGCUUGCCUAAACAUUGAAAACAAUACUCAAAUUAGCUAAAUGCCAAUUAAAACAGUUUAAAAUAACUUUAGUAAAGCUUAUGGAGCCCCUACUGAUCAGCAAGAAAUCAACUCCUCAGUGAUUAGGUUUAGUAAUUCACAAUAGGAUCCCAAAAGGUAAAAACUGCUUAUUGUAAGAUCAGCACCAGAGACAAAGGGAUAACUUCUGCACAGGGUCUUCACAGCAUUAAUGCUUAGUUAUUUUUAGAUUAUUUACUUGACCUUUAUGCUACCCAGUAUUAAAAGCCUUGUGUAGAAUACUAAUCUGCAUCUCUUCCGCUGUGCUUUCUGGAUACAAUUCAUUCCUGUGGCAAUGGCCCAGCAAGGGGCUGAUGCUGUGCAGAGGUCAGCACAAAGCCUAGGUCUGUAUAAGCUUUAAAGAGUCCUGCUGCUGCUGAUUUAUAUAGGUGGAUUUCAUCUGCACUGUGGGAGCAAUUUUUAAUGCAGGAGCAGUAAUUAAAAUUAGAACCUGGAAGGAAGGCCAGAUCCACAUCAGAGUUCUGAUGUGUGGGUUAUCUCUCGCUAAAGAGAAAUGGUUGGACAUACACCCCUUCCUAAAUAUCCAGCCUUGAAAAUUAAAUUAUUUCUGCUUAAUCAUUGUGAAUUGAAUGUAUUCAGUUAAAGCAAAGCUUAUUUCUAUUAUGUAUACGUCUAUCCAUGGUUGGUGGUGGUGAUCAUGAAUAAACAGACAUCUGAUUCA